AUGGCGGAUCCUGUCGGUCUCACAGCAAGCGUCAUUGGUAUUGCAACACUAGCGGUACAACUUGGGGAUGCCCUGAGGAAAGCAGCUGAAUUCUGGGAAGCUGUUCAGGAUGCUCCUUCAGACAUUCGCCGCUUGUCUAAACAGCUUCGACUUGUGGCUAGCGUCUUUCAUACAAUUCGACUUGAAUAUGAAGCUGGAAGCAUACCUACAAAUUUCGAAAGCAUGGUCAAUGACGCUCUGGAGUUAGCAAAGGACGAUAUUGAUCAACUCUCAGAGUUUAUCUCGGUUUUGUCGCGAAAGCUAUCCGUUGCCAAUGGGAGUCUCGGUAGGCAAUGGAGAAAAGUUCAGAUGGUCUUGAAAGCGAGCAAGAUAGAAAGGUUUAGGGAUAACCUUGAAAGCGUUAAGACCACUAUGGCCCUACUUCAGGGAAGCAGACAACAAGCAUCUUUGAUUCAAGUCAGCAGUAGGCUCGAUGUCCUAAGCACGAAUAUCAGCUCUAUAGCUACAACAAACUCGACACACCAAAUUGCACUUCAAACAUCACAAGAAAUGACACAUCGUCAAUUAUUUCCCUCAGGUGGAUGGAAAUGUUCUGCUGGUAGCGUUUCCAAGUCUUUCAAUCAAUAUAAGACGAAUUUCUUACUAGGAACUCUCAAUUUCCGAACUAUUUCUACUACUCGCCGAUAUAACGAUGACGAUGGGACAGACGAUGCCGAUAAUUCGACAACCACCAAGACUUUCCUGGUUGAACUUUUAAUGGGAUUUACGACAUGUCGAAAGGGGCUCAGAUUCAUGGCAACAAGUAAUUUUGAUCGUUAUGCACUUGAUGUUGUUCGGCGUCGACCAGAUGAUUCAGCAAUUUUUGAACUUUGUAGAUAUGGUAAUGUUCAAGCUGUUCGGAGGUUACUAGAUCGUGGUGAAGCAUCUGUUCAUGAUGUCGACGAGGACGGAGAGUCUCUUUUACAUAUAGCCUUCUCGAACGACAACUCGCAGCUUUGCACAAUGCUUAUUGAUCUUGGAGCAGAUUUAUACUGGGAGGAUGAUUAUGGCAUUAUCUCUGUAUUCACGGCAUCAACAUUGCCUUCUUUUGCUGCGAUAUUUGAAGCUGGGUUCGAGCUAUGGCCGUUAUACGAAUCGCGCUCACAUCUGGCCUUUUUCAAUCCUUUAAGUAUUUCCGUAUGGCGUUAUAUAUUUCAGCAAAGACCAGCUCAAUCAAUCGGAAGCAAUUUUUCUCUAUUUUUUGUGCAACAGAGCAUCAGAAGGGAAAAAGAUGCCGAAGUUGUCGACUUUUUGGUUGCCAGGUUUGCGGAAGAGUUUUUCCAACUCGGGGCUUUCGAUUCAUAUUAUUGCCGGAAUCUUGCGGAAAACAUGAUUUUAAGCCUUGUAAACGAUUGGCUCAAAUUUUUGUUCAAUAUUUGGUUUCAUGGGGCACGCAGGUAUAGAGUUGUCCCAUUCGAGUACAAGCUCGCCCUUAUCUUGAAGCAAAUACUAAUACCCUCAUAUUCAUGCAAAUCAAAUAAAAAGCACAUCCUGCGUACUAUCACUGGAAUAUACAUAAGUGGAGUUGGAGAGAUCAUGAAAGCAUGCUUUUGGAGCCUGGAAAUUACCACUGCCAUCUUUCGAAUAUGGUCGAAACCAUUCUUUGAGUUAGGAAUUGAUCUCUUUUCUCGCCAUCCAUAUAUUAUACGUGGCAAUGGGGAUCAUGGCUAUGAGGACGAUAGCGACGGGGAGGAUAGCGACGGGGAGAAUAGCGACGGGGAGGAUAGCGAUAAAGAGAGCACCGCACAUCCUGCAUUAAGAUGGCAUAUGAUCAAUUGUUGCAGGGAUACAUAUUUUGAAAUUAUUCACGAAGAUCAGCAUGAAAAUCUUUCACUGAAAAUAACCAGUUUCACUCGACCUGAAUACUCACAUCUUGAUCCUCUAUUCUUAUGCGAAGCUGGUCGAAAACGUCGCGAUAGGAAUGGUGCAGGCCGAUGCCUCUCACAAGUUGACGAAGCUUUCAUCGAAAGCGGAAAGUUCUCCAUGAAUAUGCCUGGACAAUGGGAAGAGCGACUACUUCCCAACUCGGCCAUGGAGCUCACUCUACAAUCGCCACCUUUUGAGCCCCCUCAGAUUUGUUAUAGCAUGGUUCAAGAACUAGACGAGGAUUGGUAUACAAUUGUUACCGAGGCAGAUUUCCAACGGAUUGAGGAAAAUUUGCGAAAUGGUACUUUGUAUGGCUUAAGCAAGGAUUCACCCAAAAGACCCGGGGAAGAGUGA